AUGGGGUGUGAAAGAUUAGGAAAUGUGCCGUUUGCUUCAUUGAUUGCGACGAUGAUCACUUUCACAGGCGUGGGCGUGUUCUGUGGGACACUGUACCGCGCCUUGACUUUGAUCAUCACUAACAUUUUACAAGAGCUUUUCCAGUUCAACGUCGCUUGGUUGGAGGUGAUAAAGAUUGUUUUUGUGAUUGUUGCUGUCAUCAUGGGAGUCUUUGCCAUUAUUCUAUUAGGAUUUGGUUACUUGUCCACUGGAGCAACAAGAAAAAAUGUCUAUUCUGGAGCCAAGUGUAUAAUGGGUGGAAGAGUUUCCGCUGCUUUUUUUUUGAUCAUGACGUACUUGAUGAACUUGGCCUGGUUAGGUAUAACAGGAGCAUGUGUGGUACCAAUCGUUGGCUAUGCCAUGAUCAACUCUUACUGCUAUGAAAAAGUCUACAACAAAGCUGUAGGUACAGUCACUGUGGAAUGCUUUAGCCUAACUAGAUUCGGUAUCUACAGGAACUCAACAACAGCCAUUGGGAUAGGAGUACCUGGCCGGGAACAGUUGUGUGCUCACACUGACCUCAGACUCAUGUGUGAUAAGGUGGCUGAAGCUGGUCCACUCUUCUGUGUAGCCUGUGCUGGGGCAGCCCUCAUUGUCCUCGGAAUGAUACAUUUUAUGAUAGCCAUAGGAGCAAAUUAUACACGGAUCAAGAUCUCCAAAGAGUUAACAGAGUACCGGGAUGCUGUAGAUAUGGAAGAGCUUGACCUUCACAACAGCCGCGGCUACCUGGACAAGGACAGUAGUUCUCGGUGA